CUUCGGUGCGGGUCUUCUCUCAUUUUGCCUUUUUUCUGGCGGCGGUGUAAGAGUAAAAAAGUAUUACAAAAAUUAAUAUUUAAACUGUUGGAGAUUAAGAAAUAACCGUGAUUAUUAUUAACUUAUUGUCAAUAAUUUUUCAAAUUUUCAAUCGAUUUACAAAUCUUCUUUGAUAAAAAAAAGUGUAAUCAAUUCUCAGGAAUAAAAUUACUGAAAUGGUGGCUCACACAAUAUUACUCGAUUUUACUGUUUCUUCAAAUGUUAUCGCGGAUGUCGACAAAAGAUCCAAUCUUAAAUCUACAAUAGCAAAUGUGUUGAAUGAUUAUUUUACUGGCUUGAAGCCAUUAACUGAAGCAACUGUUGAUGAGAGUUUUAUAGUAUUGUAUACUGGACCGAAAAGUAGUUUAAUUACUGUAAGAGGAUAUCCAGAAGGAUUGAUUACAAUCAAUGUUGAGUAUUAUAAAGAGGAUGAAGAGGAAGCACUACUAUCAUUUGAGCAGUGGCGUUACUUGGAAGCUGACAUUGCCUUGGCUCUGAAUAGUCAGCGAAGCAAACGUUUGCCACCCGUAAGACGAGGAACCAUAUAUGAUCUCUAUUUAACACUAUCAGAUGAAAGAUUGUUGGAGUAUGACAUCGAUAAAUUGGUAUUUGAAGCAAGAUCACCAUAUCAAAAAGUACAAAUAGUUCAUUCAAAAUCUCUUGGUAAUUUAUUAGUAUUAGAUGAAUUACAAAAUAUGUCAGAGGCAGAUUUAAUAUACACAGAAACCCUUAUGCAACGAGGAAAAGAAAACUAUGCAGGAAAGGAAAUAGUAAUAUUGGGCGGAGGUGAUGGUGGAUUACUGUGGGAAUUGCUCAAAGAAAAACCUAAAUUUGUGAUAAUGCUUGAAAUUGACGACAUAGUUAUCAAAGCAUGUAGUCAACACAUGAGAAGUAUUUGUGGAGAUUGUUUAGACAAACGAAAAGGAGACAAUUAUAAGAUUAUAAUUGGGGAUUGUGUGGAAGCACUUGCUCAUAUGAUUGAAGAAGGUCGUCAAUUCGACUAUGUGUUUGGAGAUUUAACUGAUAUACCAAUAAGUAUGACUCCUCAUGGCGAUGCUUGGGAUUUUAUCAGAUUAAUACUCAACUCGACCAUGAAAGUAUUAAAACCAUCAGGAAAAUAUAUGACACAUGGUAAUGGAGCUUCUUGUCCUGAAGCUUUAACUAUGUUUGAAAAUGAGUUAUCUCAAUUGUCAGUACCAGUAACAUUUACAAAAGAUAGGGCAUUUAUUCCCUCUUUCUUUGAAGAUUGGAUUUUCUAUCAAGUUUCACGUAAAUGAUCUAUUAAAUAUUAACAAUAACAUAAUCAUCAUAAGAAUUAUGAUGAUAAUAACACUUUCAAGCGUAGUAGUUACUUAUUAACACAUAUUCUUUUACCAUUAUUAUGACCUCAUCAUGUCGUAUAGUAUCGAUUAAACAGUUUAUUAUUAUUCUUGUAUAGACAAUAUUGUUAUUCAAAGGUUAAAAAGUGCUUAGCAGAAAAUAAUUUUAUUUAUAAGGAAAAAAGAAACAUUUAAAUAAAUUCACGCCUUUUUUUGAAUGAAAGAAAAUAGAAACGUAUAUAUGUAUAUAUCUUAGAAGUAUUUUAAAUAAUGUUAAAAAUGCAUUAAAAAUAUUUUGAAUAAGUUACCACAAUUAAAUUGAUAUGCCAAAGUCAUCGUACUAACAGACUAUGGAUACUGAUAACCAUUUUCUUCUAAUGCUAUUAAUUUCUGUAUUCUACUGCAUAUGAUCCUGCUUUUUAUUUGAUUUGUAUUUAUAUUUCAUAGUGGAAUUGAUAUAAAUUUAAACUUGUAAGCUAAUUUUUUAAAUGAUGAAGAUAAUUAGAUCUAAAAGAUUUUAAAUGUAUUAAGAUUUGAAGAGAAUUGAUUCUAAAAAUUGUUCAGAGUAUUAAGCUCAAAUGGUAUUAAAUCUGAAAGAAGACAAAAUAAUCAAUCGCACAAUAAAGAAAAUAUUUCAAUCAAUCAAUUUUUUCUAUUUAUCUAUAUUCGUAAAUAAUAUAAUAAAUUUUACAUUACAUAAGUCGUUGAAUUUAUAUGAAAAAUGUGCAUACAAUAAAUAAUGAGUAAAUGAUGAGCCUUAUGAAACGCUAAAAAAUUUAUUACAAUUAUUUUAAUAUUACUUUUCUUUGCUUUGUGUAUUAGUACAGAUAAUCGGCAAACUCAAAUCAAUAUAAUUAAUUCGUAUAAUAUUUACAAUAAAUAAUUACAAAUAUAGACUUAAGAAAUAAUGUCUUAUGUCGGUUAUAAAAAAAACUGUCAGACUUUUUUCAUUGGUUAAAUGUUUGGCCCCACGUUUCAGGCAUUAUACAAAUAUUUAAUUAAAAAUUGUAUAUCAAUAAAUAAGGUAAUUCAAUAUUUAA